CAUACUUUUUCGAUGGAAGAAGCUCUUUGGCUCUUGUAAUUAUUCCACUUCAGCUCCACCAGCUAAUUAAUCUUCAAAUGCCUACUGCAUUUUCUUCUUGUUGUUGGGUCUUGGUGCUCUUGGUUAUUGCUUGGCUUGAUAGUUGCAUGGGUGCUACCCCGAUUGGUUUGGGUUCAAGAUUGUUGGCUAGAGAAAACCAAGCAUGGGUUUCAGACAAUGGAACCUUUGCAUUUGGGUUCACUCCAGCACCAGACAAUCUUGACAAGUUUUUAUUGGCCAUUUGGUUCUCCGACCUUCCUGGAGAUCGAACAACCGUUUGGUCUGCUAACCGACACUCUCCAGUCACCAAAGAGGCAAAUUUGGAGCUGGACGCCACAGGAAACCUGGUCCUUAUCGACAGAGACACCACCAUAUGGACAUCAAACACCUCUGGAGCUGGAAUCGAAGCAGCAGUCAUGUCGGAAUCUGGCAACUUCAUUCUCUACACUGUGACCAACAACCCUGUGUGGCAAAGUUUCUCACAUCCAUCAGACACUCUCCUCCCAAACCAGCCUUUAUCAGUCUCUCUAGAGCUAACAUCACCAAAAUCAUCUCCUCAUGGUGGUUAUUACUCACUAAAAAUGCUUCAACAACCCACUUCACUUAGCCUUGCUUUAACCUACAACUUACCUGAAUCCCCUGAUGCCUCCUCUGAAUCUUAUACUUCCAAUUACUCGUACUGGAGCGGGCCUGAUAUUUCAAAUGUUACAGGGGAUGUUGUUGCAGUUGUGGAUGAAGCAGGAAGCUUUGGAAUUGUGUAUGGAGAUUCAUCAAAUGGAGCAGUAUAUGUGUACAAAAAUGAUGGUGAUUAUAAUGGAUUGGCUUCAGCUACAAACAAGUCCACAACCAGAUUAUCUGUUCUCCGAAGAUUGAUACUGGAAAGUAAUGGUAACUUGAGGUUAUAUAGAUGGGACAAUGAUGUGAAUGGAUCGCGCCAAUGGGUUCCAGAGUGGGCUGCAGUGUCGAAUCCAUGUGACAUUACUGGUAUUUGUGGUAAUGGAAUAUGUAAUUUGGACAAAAGUAAGACUAAUGCUACGUGUACAUGCUUUCCUGGAACUAGUAAUGGCACAAAACCGGGCAGUAACAACCAGUGUUACGAAAACUCAUCGUUGAUUGGCAAAUGUGAUUCAAGAAACCAAAACCAGACUUCUUUGUUUAGGAUUGCGGCGCUGCAGCAGACGAAUUAUUACUUCUCUGAGUAUUCUGUGGUGGCGAAUUAUAGUGAUAUUGAAAUAACCGCUAGAUGUGGGGAUACUUGUUUAGCAGAUUGUGAGUGUGUGGCUUCUGUGUAUGGACUUGACGAUGAGAAGACUUAUUGUUGGAUUCUGAAGAGCUUGGAUUUUGGAGGGUUUGAGGACCCUGGUUCAACUCUAUUUGUGAAAAUAAAUUCUAAUGGUUCAGGCUAUCCAAGAGCUGGUGGUGAUUCAGAUGAAGAGACUGAAAAAGUUCAAAAGGUUUUGGUAGUACCUAUAGUUCUCAGCAUGUCGGUCCUUAUUGGCCUGCUUUGUUUGUUACUGUAUUACAAUGUUCACAGAAAAAGAGCAUUGAAGAGAGCCAUGGAAAGCUCCUUGAUCCUGUCAGGAGCUCCUAUGAAUUUCAGUUACCGCGACUUACAAGUUCGUACCUCGAAUUUUUCACAGCUGCUUGGAACAGGAGGUUUUGGGAGUGUGUACAAAGGAAGCCUUGCAGAUGGGACUUUGGUUGCAGUAAAGAAACUUGACAGGGUUUUGCCUCAUGGAGAGAAGGAAUUCAUAACAGAAGUGAACACCAUUGGCUUAAUGCAUCACGUGAACUUGGUCCGUCUAUGUGGGUACUGCUCUGAAGGGUCACAAAGGCUACUUGUUUAUGAGUUUAUGAAAAAUGGGUCCUUGGACAAAUGGAUCUUUCCUUCACAUAAAUUCCGGGACAGGCUCCUGGAUUGGCCUACCCGGUUCAACAUUGCUGUUGCUACUGCGCAAGGAAUUGCAUACUUUCACGAGCAGUGCAGAAAUAGGAUAAUUCACUGUGAUAUCAAGCCGGAGAACAUUUUAUUAGAUGAGAAAUUCUGCCCAAAAGUAUCCGAUUUUGGGCUAGCCAAGUUGAUGGGAAGAGAGCACUCGCAUGUUGUCACUAUGAUCAGAGGAACAAGAGGAUAUUUGGCCCCAGAGUGGGUCAGUAAUCGACCUAUAACAGUUAAGGCUGAUGUUUAUAGUUAUGGUAUGCUUCUUUUGGAGAUUCUCGGUGGCCGGAGAAACCUUGAUAUGACUUUUGAUGAAGAGGACUUCUUCUAUCCUGGCUGGGCUUUUAAGGCAAUGACGAGCAGAACACCGAUGAAAGUUGCAGACAAGAGACUAGAAUUGGCAGUGGAUGAAGCUGAGCUCAUGAGAGCAUUAAUGGUUGCGUUCUGGUGCAUUCAAGAUGAGGUUUUCAUGAGACCUUCAAUGGGGGAAGUGGUGAAGAUGUUGGAAGAAUCAAUGGACAUAAACAUGCCACCGAUGCCGCAGACGGUGCUGGAAUUGAUAGAGGAAGGUCUUGAUCAUGUGUACAGAGCCAUGAAGAGGGAGUGUAAUCAGUGGAGCUCCUUCACAGUUAACAGUCAUCCAUCGUCCUCCAAUGCGACCUGUAGUUAUUCUACAAUGUCACCAAGAUAGUCAAAGGUAGAGAAAAUUACAGUUUUGACUUUCAAACAUUCAAAUUCAAUUGUGGGCUUGUACAUUUCGAUGACGGGCCUGGGCUAGACUAUGAGGGAGCUAUAUGGGCUUGUAAUGUUGGGCCAGGCCGUAGAUUAUUCUUUCUUCUGUUCUUAACAAAGUAUGGGCUUUCAAGCUUAAUGGCCCAACUUAAAUUGUUUUCACAACCCAACAGGCAUUUUGGGUCGGUUUUGCGUUGUCUAAGACUAUUAUAUAAGUAAUCUAAGGGAUA